UAUUUAACAUAUAAAUGCUAUAAAUAUCCAUUCGCAGUAGAGUUGUUAUCAGUGUGUUUCAGAAAGUAUUUUCUGACGUCACGAGUUCACAAGCGUGAAGAUAGUUAUUUGGGAUUGUGACGUCUUACGUACUGGGUUAUAAUUAAAUGAACAAAAAUGUUUUUGCUUGAUUGGAUGACAAACAUUCUUAGUUUCCUAGGUCUAUGGAAAAAAAGUGGAAAGCUCCUAUUUCUUGGUUUAGACAAUGCUGGUAAAACGACACUACUGCACAUGCUCAAGGAUGACAGAAUGGCUCAGCACGUGCCCACUCUUCAUCCAACUUCUGAAGAAUUAUGUAUAGGAAAUAUGAAAUUUACAACGUUUGACUUGGGAGGUCAUCAUCAAGCCAGAAGAGUUUGGAGAGAUUACUUUCCUGCUGUCGAUGCAAUUGUUUUUCUAGUUGAUGCAGUUGACAGAGAAAGAUUCCCAGAAUCAAAAUUAGAAUUGGAUAGUUUGUUAACAGAUGAGCAGUUAGCCAAUUGUCCUGUCCUCAUAUUGGGAAAUAAAAUUGAUAAACAUGGAGCUGCUAGUGAAGAUGAACUGAGAGCUUACUUUGGACUCUUUGAACAAACAUCGGGAAAGGGUAAAGUUCCACGGUCAGAAUUACCAGGACGGCCCUUGGAACUUUUCAUGUGUAGUGUACUGAAGCGACAAGGAUAUGGAGAAGGUUUCCGAUGGCUGGCACAAUACAUAUGAUUAUGUUACUUUAACAUUUAAUAUGUAGGUCAAUAUUCAUUACAGUAAAAUAAUUUCAAACAUACUUUACAAAGAAAUGCAUAUGUGUGUUUCAUUAUCAGAUGAAAAAAUCGUACAUAAAAGAUUAUGAAUAUAAGUUAUUCUGAAGUGUCACGAUUUUGUUAGAUAUUUCUCUAACAGUUUUGUUUUAGGAAUGUUCUUAUCUUUUUAAGUCGCAAUGUACAGGCUUUUCUUUAAUCAUACAUGUUAAAACGAGAUAAUUUACAUGACAUGUUAGAAUACACAUGAAAUAAACAUAUUUUUGUUUUA